AGCUUUCACCCCCUGACAGCAGGGACAGCUCUGGAGAAGGGUGGCGCUUCAACAGGGGGAACGUACAAUAGAGGCCGCUCCAAUAGAUACAUACAGCUUUCUACCUGAUCUGCUGUUCCAGGAGAAGCUCCCAUUCACCCACGGACUUGAGCUCAGGACAAGGACCUGCUGCAAAUGCUUUCUUCAUAAGUUUCACAGAGGUGAAACCACUGUUUGUAUGGGAUCUGUCUGCAUCAGCACGAUGAGCUUCCACUCCAUUGAGUCUGAAUAGUGGCAUUUGAGUUUGCAUUAGGGACGUGGGACCCCCCGCAGUCUAUCACAUUGGAUGCUUCCAGGCUGCUUGACGAGUCUAUUACACUGGUGAGGGACAGUAACUGUGCUGCAGACUCAGGAGUACCAUGCUGCCCCGCUGUGCACUCUGUGUGUGCCAUGUGCUUAUGUUGGUGCUGUGUCUGUCUGCGGCUGAGGACUUCGACUGGACAAAGAACGACCACAGCUCCUUCUAUUAUGGCACUUUUCCAAGUGGAUUUUCAUGGGGCGCCGGAAGUUCAGCCUAUCAAACAGAAGGAGCCUGGGACAAAGAUGGAAAAGGACUAAGCAUCUGGGAUGUGUUCAGUCACAAGAAAGGCAGAAUCCAACAGAACGAAACCGGGGAUUCCUCGUGUGAGGGAUACUACAAAGUCAAGGACGAUGUUACUCUCAUGAAGGAGCUGAAGCUCAACCACUAUCGUUUCUCCAUCUCCUGGCCCAGACUCAUCCCCACCGGCAUUAAAUCUGACCAUAUAAACGAAAAGGGAAUUCAGUACUAUGAUCAACUGAUUGACCACCUACUGGACAGCAAAAUCACUCCCAUUGUCACCCUGUAUCACUGGGAUCUUCCACAGGUCUUACAAGAAAAAUAUGGUGGAUGGCAGAAUGUGAGCAUGGUCAAUCAUUUCAAUGAGUUUGCCAACCUGUGCUUUGAAAGAUUUGGCAACCGAGUGAAGUACUGGAUCACCUUCAACAAUCCGUGGUCGGUAGCAGUAGAAGGCUAUGAGACAGGUGAACACGCUCCUGGAUUGAAGCUGAAAGGAACCGGGGCAUACAAGGCUGCACAUCACAUAAUAAAGGCGCACGCUAAAGUCUGGCACACUUACGAUACCCAGUGGAGGGGGAAACAAAAAGGCAUGGUUGGCAUCUCUCUGUCGGGGGACUGGGGAGAGCCAGUGGACAUCAGCAACCAGAAAGACAUCGAAGCUGCUGAGAGAUACGUCCAGUUCUACCUGGGCUGGUUUGCAACGCCUGUCUUUCAUGGAGACUACCCUCAAGUGAUGAAAGACUUCAUUGGGAGGAAGAGCGUCCAACAGGGCCUCGGGACGUCUCGACUGCCAGCAUUUUCCCCUCAGGAGAAGAGCUACAUAAAGGGCACCUGCGACUUCCUCGGCAUCGGCCAUUUCACCACCCGCUACAUCACCCAGAAGAACUACCCGUCAGUUCGUAGCAGCAGUAGUUACUUCACAGACCGGGACCUGGCUGAGCUGGUUGACCCACGCUGGCCCGACCCUGGAUCUGAGUGGCUCUACUCCGUGCCCUGGGGUUUCCGGCGUCUGCUCAAUUUUGUCAAGAUUCAGUAUGGAAACCCAAUGAUUUAUGUGACUGAGAACGGAGUCUCGGAGAAAAUGCUGUGCACAGAGCUGUGUGAUGAGUGGAGGAUACAGUAUUACAAGGACUACAUCAAUGAGAUGCUGAAAGCGAUCAAAGACGGAGUCAACGUGAAGGGCUACACCGCAUGGUCGCUGCUGGACAAGUUCGAGUGGGACGAAGGGUACUCGGAGAGAUUUGGCUUGUACUACGUGGACUUCAGGAACAAAAACAAGCCUCGCUACCCCAAAGCCUCAGUUCAGUUUUACAAACGCAUCAUCAGCUCCAAUGGAUUUCCCAAUCAAAGAGAGGUUGAAAACUGGAGGAGGAAGGCUGUCGAGACCUGCUCUUCUAGCAACCAGCUCCUAGCUGCAGAGGAACAGCGGAGUACUGCUGCCAAUAUUCUAAGACUUAUACAUGACCCUCUGACCAGCCACAUGGAGAUGGUUACUGAGAUCGUUGUUCCCACCGUGUGUACGCUCUCUAUUUUGCUCAGUGCCAUUUUCCUCAUGUUCCUGCUGCGGAGGCGCAACUAGAGCGUGUGCGUGUUUACAAUCACAAAAUUUACCACAGACACAAAUCGUGCACUCACAAUGCAUUCAUUUCUUUAAUGGAUCAUGUGUGAAUAUACAUUUAUUGUGUAAACUGAAGAGAAUUACUGACUUCAUUCAUUUGGUGUGCCUAUGGUGUUAGCUGUAAAAUGACUGGUUUAUAAUGAUACAUUUAGCAGCAGGCACUUAAACACUGUGGAUUCCUCUGCAACAUGUUAUUAAAACACUGCUGUGGAAUGCUGCCAUUGCAAACAGUCCUUAUGA